AUGAAUAUAGUUGACGUUCUAUAUUCACUUGUCGAUGUUAAUCAACGAUUUGAUCGAUUAGUACUUGAUCCUCUUACUAUUCGUAAUCUUGAUAUGACUAUCAGAACUUUUGAAUCAUUAUAUAAUCAAACGUUUUCAAUAGAUGAUAAAAUUCUUUCAAGAAUAUCUGAUCAAAUCUUAUGUCGAAUUUAUGAUCAAAUAAACACACUUACUAUUGAACAAUAUUCAAUGAAACGUAUUCUUCAUGCAACUAAUUAUCCUCAACUAUAUUCAUUAUCACUUGUUAAUUUUGAAGCAGAAAUACUUGAUCAAUAUUUAACAGAUGAUUCUAUUCUUCGCGAUUUACUUAGUAAACAAAUAACACAUCUUAAUAUUGAUAUACAAAAUGCAUAUAGAGAAUCGACUAUAAUUACAAGAAAAAUUUUUGUGUUAAUUUUAUCUUUAUGUGAAAAAUUAAUUGAAUUAAAUUUUUGUGAUUUAUUUUUUGAGCGAAAACAUUGGAAUCGUAUUUGUCUAUUAACAGCCACAACUUUAACGUCUUCAACUUUAACUAAACUAAAAAUUAAUCUUACAGCUUUUAGUGAAUGUUUGUUUCUUGUUAAUGAAGAUUUCGAAUGUUUAACAACAUUAAUUGUUCAUGUAGAUUUAAUUUAUUAUCCGAUACUAGACAUAGAUAAUACAAAAAAAAUUCCCAAAUUAAAAUAUUUGUCGUUUAUUUCACCUGAAUACACAGAUCAACAUAUUACUCAAAUUUUUCCAUUUAUUCGUCGAAUGAUAAAUCUUGAAGAAUUAAAACUAUAUUUAUUAAUAAAAGUAUCUGAUUUAAAUUAUGUUGAUGGCAUUCAAUUAUAUAAUGAACUUCUUUGUCAUAUGAAUAAAUUAAAUAACUUUACAUUUAAUAUUCAAACAUGUGUCUUAAGAUAUAAUGAUAUUAAUCUUUCAUCAAAUGAAGAUAUUCAACGUAGUUUUAUUGGAAAAGGAAUAUAUCCACAAAUUAAUUCAUAUAUUAGCAUCUAUUCACAUAUCGAAUCAAAAUGUCAUAUUUAUUCACUUCCAUAUCAAUUCGAAUAUUUACUUGAAAUCAAUAAUUCUUUUCCAGGAGGCAUGUUUCAUACAGUUCGAUAUUUGGUAAUUAAAGAUAUAUUUCCUUUGAAACAUAAAUUCCUUCAAAUUAUAUCUCAUGAUAUACCUUUUAUCGAAAUAUUACAUAUACGUAAUGAUCGACCACAAGAAGAUAAACAAAAUUCGUCUACUGAAUUAAUUACUUUUCAUCAUCUUAAACUUCUUAAUCUAGAAUCGGCACAUACAGAUUAUGCUGAACAAUUUCUUUUGCAGAAAAUAACUUAUCUACCUCGUUUACUUAAUCUUUACAUCAAAUAUGAAUCACUUACAAUAAUAACAAACAAUUUUACCAUCGAUACAACAUAUUUUAACUUUAGUAGAGUCAAAGAUCUUGAUCUAGAUCAAUCAUUUCUUGACUCAAAUAAUCGUCGUAUUACAGCUAUUCAAAUGUUGAGUAAACAAAAUGGAUUUGAUGUUGAUUCAUCAUUAUUUACAAUAAAUAAUUUUGAAAAAUAUUCAACACUUGUAUUUCUUAGUACAGCAGAUGAUGUUUAG